AUGGACCCCGUACUAGAAGAAAUUAACAGGAUUUAUUAUGAUCCAUCUAAUCCCGCUGGUUUUGGUAGUAUUGAUAAAUUAUCAAAAGCCAUGAAGGGUAAAAUGAAUAAAAAGCAAGUAAAGGAAUGGUUAAAAUCACAAGAAACAUACACAUUACAUAAACCCAUUCGAAAAAAAUUUCCGCGUAAUAGGUACAUUCUAUCAAAUAUUAAUGAACUGUGGCAAGCUGAUUUAAGUGAUAUGCGAACUUAUUCUCAAUAUAAUGAUGGUUUCAAGUAUAUACUUUGUGUUAUUGAUGUAUUUAGUAAAUAUGCUUUUGCAAGGCCAAUGAAAAAGAAAAACUCAGAAACAACUAAAGAAUGUUUUGAAAGUAUAUUUACUGAAAGUAAUUUAACACCUACUCACAUACAAUCCGAUAAAGGUACAGAAUUUGUUUCAAAAGAUAUACAAAAAUACUUUAAAUCCAAAACGAUUAAUUACUAUACCACUAACAAUCCUGACAUUAAGGCCAGUAUUGUUGAACGAUUUCAAAGAACAUUAAAAAUGAAAAUGUGGCGUUAUUUCACUCAUAAUAAUACUUAUAGAUAUAUAGAUGUUUUACAAGAUUUAAUAUACUCUUAUAAUCACAGCUUUCACUCUAGUAUUAAGAUGUGCCCAUGUGAUGUAAAUUCCAACAAUAUUAUGACAGUUUGGACUAAUCUUUAUGAUAGACGGUCAAAAAAACUUUCUUUAGAAAAUCCUAAACCAAAUUUCAAUGUGGGUGAUUAUGUUCGAAUAACUAAAUAUAAACAUGUAUUCCAAAAAGGAUAUGAAUCAAAUUGGAGUGAUGAAAUAUUUAUUAUAUCUUCAAUAAUUGAUAGAUCUCCAUGGGUUGUUUAUACAAUAACAGAUUUACAAAAUGAACCAAUAAUUGGUACUUUUUAUGAAAGAGAAUUACAGAAAAUCACUUACAACCCCACCUCACAACAUAAAAUAGAUAAAAUAAUUGACACUCGUUAUUCAGGUAACAGAAAAGAAGUAUUAGUGAAGUGGAAAGGUUAUCCAGAUAAAUUUAACAGUUGGAUUUUAGCUUCUAGUUUAAAAGAAAUAUGA